GGCUGACCUGUGCGUCGGUGCGCCGCGGACUGAAGCAUGAGAAGCGGCAGCCAGAGGAAGGUGCGCAGAAACGAGCUGAACCCUCAGGGCCGUCAAUAAGGGACCAUGUGCAGUGCUCUGAGCCCCAGACCGCCCAGCGGCCCCGGUCUGACGGACAUGCAGCAGUACCACCAGUGGCUCUCCAGCCGCCAUGAAGCCAGCCUGCUGCCGAUGAAGGAAGACCUCGCCCUGUGGCUCAAUAAUAUGCUUGGUCUGGAAAUCACUGCUGAGAGCUUCAUGGACCGGUUAGACAAUGGCUUCCUGUUGUGCCAGCUGGCUGAGACGCUGCAGGAGAAGUUCAGGCAGAGCGAUGGAGACCUGCCCGCCGCUGGCAGCAGCAGCAAGCAGAGCAUUCCCUAUCGGAGGAUACCGUGUCGGCAGAGCGCUCCGUCUGGCUCUUUCUUUGCACGAGACAACACAGCCAACUUCCUGGCCUGGUGUCGUGAGGCUGGAGUUGGAGAAACGUGUCUGUUUGAAUCAGAAGGUUUAGUUCUUCAUAAGCAGCCUCGAGAGGUGUGCCUCUGUCUCUUAGAGCUGGGUCGCAUCGCAUCACGCAACAAUGUGGAGCCUCCCGGCCUUAUAAAAUUGGAGAGGGAGAUUGAACAAGAGGAGAAGGCUCCUCUACCUCCUCCCUCACCUCCAUCCCCAGCUCAGCCCACCCCCACGUCUCCCUCUUCGUCUCCGUCUCUGUCUCCUUCACCGUCCCCGACUCCCACCAAAGUGACUUCCUGUAAAAAAAGCACGGGGAAGCUGCUGGAUGAUGCCGUUCGACAUAUCGCUGAUGACCCACCCUGCCGGUGCUUGAAUAAGUUCUGUGUGGAGAGACAGUCGCAGGGUCGGUACCGUGUCGGGGAGAAGAUGCUCUUUAUACGAAUGCUGCACAACAAGCACGUGAUGGUGCGAGUCGGCGGAGGCUGGGAGACCUUCGAGAGCUACCUGCUGAAGCACGACCCGUGCCGCAUGCUCCAGAUAUCCCGGGUGGAAGGCAAGACGUCGCCCGUCGGCAGCAAGUCCCCCAGCAUCAAGGACCUGACCCCGGACAGCUACCUGGUGGUGGCGGCUCACUACCGCAGCAAGAAGUGAAGACGCGGGGACUGGAAAACACAGAGGAUGAAUGAAAUACAGGCGACCUGCCGAAGCAAGAGGAAGCGGCUGUCCUGCGUGACCUGGUUCAUUAGAUCAGUGGGUUUGAAAGAUAUCGGCAAGACUGAGGGACACGAGGUGGUUCAGGUUCUGUGAAAGUCGUCUGCCCACACCUGCUUUAGAAAAAUUAAAUAACAGCCAAGCAUUCAUGGAGACUCGGCUGUGCAGCAUCGGCGAUUUUGUGUCUUUUGUGAUGACGUGAGGCUGGACUCACACCAACAUGCCCCUAAUGUUGACUCAUAUUUAGUUUUGCAGGAGUAUAAACAGUUGAAGAAUGUGUGCAGGCGUUUGCAGUGUGAAAUCGAAGGAUGUAGAUUUUCUUAGCAAGCAUUCUCUCAAUCAUUUUUUAUUUCUUCUCACACAUUAUAACUCAAGCAGGCCUGCAGGUUGCUUUUGUAUAUGUUGAAAACAUGUUGUUGUUUUUUUUUUUUUAAUGAAAAUAAGCAAGUUGUUGAGAGUGUAGUCCCUUUAUGAAAUGAGUUUUUGAACACCAGAUGUAUGUUUUUUUUUUUUUUAAUUUUGUAGUGUGUGUUUGCUUACAUAAGAAAGUAGACAUUCUCCCUCUAUUUUAAAUGUACUUAUAGUCAUGCCUUGUUGCAUCAUUGCCACUAGAAGGCGCCGCCUCAACCUGAGAAGGAUCAGUAAAAACCCAUCAAGCUCUCCAUUAUACUGUUUGUAUAAAAAUUAUAGCGAAAACUGACUUUAUUGUGAGCAUAGGGCCCUUUCUUCUUCAGUUAUUUCUUAGUGAGCUGCCAAAUGAAGCAAUAUUGUUUACAUUUUGAUAUUCAAUUCUAUGCAACACUUCUUCUAUACUAUUAUUCAUAUUAUUCAGUAUCAUUAUUAGAAUAGCUCAUGCGUUUAUAUUGUACCAUGAGAGCAGAGACAAUCACACCUAUUGUUUAAGACUUGUCAUUUUUCUGCCUGCAGUAGAUCUGAGGCUGUUUGUUAUAUCUGACUGACCUCUAGAGGCGGCGAAAUCAUUUAAAUGUGAGAAGAAGAAAAAGACUAUCUCUAGUUUUGUUGAUUCAUGUUUUUGUAACUAAGAGAUGACUUUUUUUGAAGUACAACUUUGUACACGGAUUAAUAUUAGUCCGAUUUCGAAACGUGUCGAGCAGCCAAUCAGCCUGUUUGUGGAGUAAAUGGAUCCAGUUGCUGUUU